UCCCGCACAAAAUUGCGUAAUGCAACAAGCCAGUACAUCAGCUUUCAACAAACGAGCUCCACUGCGCUAAGGAGCUCAACGUGAUGUCAUUUGUAACGCAGCUGUCCCAAGCUCCAUCCUCCGCCGUGAAACUCAAUUGGCAAACCAAGAAGCAAUUGACCACGCGUACCUCUCAGAAAUAACAUAUACGCUUCACAAAUAUAUCUGCAAAACCUUCAGCAAUGUCCUUCCGAGCUCCUCUCCGACGUAUCGCCCUCGCCAGGCCUGCUUUUGCUACACGGGGCUUCCACUCAACCCCUCGUGCUUUGGUCCGCAUUGGCCAAGAGAUUCCUGACCUUGACGUCCUUCUUGAGGACUCACCCGGUAACAAAGUCAAUCUUGCUGAGGAGUUCAAGUCAGCCAAUGGAUACAUCGUCGGCGUUCCUGCUGCCUUUUCCGGAACGUGCUCCAGCAAGCACAUCCCCUCUUACAUCAACCACCCCAAGCUCAAGCAGGCCGGUCAGGUCUUUGUUGUAUCUGUCAAUGAUCCCUUUGUCAUGAAGGCUUGGAGCGAGCAGCUCGACCCCGCUAAGCAGACCGGCAUCCGAUUCCUUGGUGACCCUACCGGUGAGUUCACUAAGGCUCUGGACCUUGGCUUCGAAGCGUAUGCGGUCUUUGGUGGUAUGCGAGGAAAGCGAUAUGCCCUCAAGGUAGAGGAUGGCAAGGUCAGCAAGGCGUACGUCGAGCCUGACAACACUGGCAGCGCUGUCUCCAUGGCAGAGCAAGUGCUCGACUAAAUUAGCCUAUCUAUGUAUAUCUAGGUGCAGUGUCCUUUUGGUGUUAUCUCAAACACCUUGAGAGCAUCUUGUAAUCCAAAUAUAUCACUACAGUACUCAUGUGGAUUCGUUAUCUCAGUCACCCAAUUUCUUUUGACUUUGACACCUCCCCCAUUUAUCAUCAU